GGUGCUGGGGUGGAGCGGGGGUGCCCUGGAUGGCCCUGCGCACUGGGACCGCUUGGUUUGGGCAGGUCUUGCGCAGAGUUUCCCGGCUCCAAGGCACCUGGUCCCGGCGCUCCAGCAGCCUCCUGUGCCUCUCUUCUUCCCAAGAGCCCGAACAGGCGGGCGGGGAGCGGCCGCCGCCGCAGCACAAGCUGCCCCGGAGCAGCCGCCAGCCCCCCCGGCAGCUGCCCCCCUGCUGCGGCUGCUGCGGCCUGUCGGAUCCCCGGGCGGCCAGGGGGGGACAUGGUCCCCUCACUCGCCCCUUGCUGGCGGCCAUGAAGAGGCAGAACGUGCGGACCCUGUCCCUCAUCAUCUGCACGUUCACCUACCUGCUGGUCGGGGCUGCCGUCUUUGAUGCCCUGGAGUCCGACAACGAGAUGCGGGAGGAGGAGAAACUCAAAGCCGAGGAGAUCCGGCUCAAAGGAAAGUACAACAUCACCAGCGAGGACUACCGGCAGCUGGAGUUGGUGAUCAUGCAGUCCGAGCCACACCGGGCUGGUGUCCAGUGGAAAUUUGCCGGUUCCUUCUACUUUGCCAUCACGGUCAUCACGACCAUUGGUUAUGGACAUGCUGCCCCAGGAACAGAUGCAGGAAAGGCCUUUUGCAUGUUCUACGCAGUCCUGGGGAUCCCACUGACACUCGUCAUGUUCCAGAGCUUGGGCGAGCGCAUGAACACCUUUGUCAAGUACCUCUUGAAACGCAUCAAAAAGUGCUGUGGGAUGAGGAGCACCGAGGUCUCCAUGGAAAACAUGGUCACUGUGGGUUUCUUCUCCUGCAUGGGAACACUCUGCAUUGGAGCAGCAGCCUUUUCCCAGUACGAGGAAUGGAGCUUUUUCCAUGCUUACUAUUACUGCUUUAUAACAUUGACUACAAUAGGUUUUGGAGACUAUGUGGCCCUGCAGACCAAAGGGGCCCUUCAAAAGAAGCCUCUCUACGUGGCUUUUAGCUUUAUGUACAUUCUAGUGGGGUUGACAGUCAUUGGGGCAUUUCUAAAUCUGGUUGUUCUCAGGUUCUUAACCAUGAACAGUGAGGACGAGAGGCGGGAUGCUGAGGAGCGGGCGUCCCUGGCAGGGAACCGCAACAGCAUGAUUAUCCACAUCCAAGAGGACUCCCAGCAUGGUCGGCCACGGUACAAGGCCGAAGUAACAGACCUUCAGUCAGUUUGUUCCUGCAUGUGUUACAGGUCCCAUGAGUACACCAGCCGGGUGGUGUCCCACCAAAAUUCGUUCAGCUCGAAGCUGAACCCCCAGUACUUUCACUCCAUCUCUUACAAGAUAGAGGAGAUCUCGCCAAGCACAUUAAAAAACAGCCUUUUCCCAUCUCCUGUCAGCUCCAUCUCACCUGGGUUGCACAGCUUUACAGAUAACCACAGGCUGAUGAGAAGGCGAAAGUCCAUUUAAAGUGAUUUGUCUUCUUUUGCUUUCCUUGUUUAUCCAGUUCUUCUCUGUUGUUUUGGGUUUUUUGUUCCUUGAGUGAGACGGAGUGAGGCCAAAGGGAGUAGAGAAAGCCAGUCCUCCUCUGAGACUCAGCUCUUGAGCAUGAAGCAUGGAUUUUUACUGUUCCAGCAAAGUAUGCCUUACAUUACCCCCUCGGUGGAUGUCAGAGGAUUCAAGGUGACAUGAAGUGGGUACCAAAUCCAAAGUUGCACACACAGCUGGGAGCCUUCAUGUGCCACUGGCACUCCUGACCUAAUAAACUAUUUUCCUCAUGGGCAGGUUGCA